CCAACGGUCUUAUUCAUAAUCAUUUUUCACAUUUUAUCAAAUGCUUAUUAGAGGUUUAUAAAACGUUUGAUAAAAAUUGUUAUUCAUAAUCGUCAUUUAGCGCUAAAAUCCUCUUUUAUCUGUGUGAUAAGUUAUCGAGAGCUCGGGCCUUGUUUAAAGCUCUAAUAAACCUAUUUUAACCUAACUUUUAUAAAUGUCAUUUCAUAUGAAUGUCACUUCGUUGGUUUAUUUAUUCAAAAUAUCCUUGCUGUGAUCCUUGCUUGUGAAAAUGAAUGCUAUAAAUGCAAUUGUGCAUUUAGCCAAUAAUGCCGACCCAGCGCGACGUAGAAAGCUCUACCGCCAACGAAGCAACCCAUUCGAUUUGCGGGACCUAAAUUUUAAAAUAAAAUAUAGGUUCAAUAAGGACACAGUGCGCACCAUCAUAGAUUUGGUGGAAGAUGAUCUGGUUCAGAGCGCUAGAGGUGGUGGCACGUGUCCUGAACUGCAAGUUUUAGUGGCCAUAAGAUGUUGGGGACGUCGUGAGGUACAAGAUGAUGCUGGUGACCUCCAUGGCCUAAGUCAGCCGACAGUGAGCCGGAUAUGCGCCAGAGUCGCGCAUGCAAUCGCGAAUAAGGCAAAUUCCUUCAUCAAAAUGCCUAUCACUAUAGGAGAGCAGGAAAGAAUUAGUGCCAAAUUUAGAGCAAUUAAAAAUUUUCCUGGGGUGAUAGGAGCCAUAGAUUGCACCCACAUUAAAAUUAAAAAAACCGGAGGUGACAUGGCCCAGUACUAUAUUAAUAGAAAAGGCUAUUAUUCCCUGAAUGUUCAGGUUGUCUGUGAUGCUGACCUCAAAAUAAUGGAUAUAGUGGCUAGAUGGCGAGGCAGUACACAUGACAGUCGAAUUUUUAUGGAGAGCAAUAUAAAACAACGAUUUGAGGAUAGGCAGUUUAGAGGACGCCUUAUUGGCGAUUCGGGCUACCCUCUUCUGCCAUAUCUAUUUACACCUAUUUUAAGGCCUAGUCGUCCAGAAGAAGAAGCAUACAAUAAUGCUCACAUCUCAACUAGGAACACUGUUGAAAGGUGUUUUGGGGUGUGGAAGCAGCGGUUCCAAUGCCUACUCCAUGGCUUACCAGUAAGCCUCCAAAAUGGAAAAGCUGUGAUCAUAGCAUUGGCUGUAUUACAUAAUAUAGCCAUUGAUAUGAAUGACACAUUGUUAGAACAACAUAUGGAGCAGGUCCCUGUAACUCCGCAACUUUCGACGGAGAACAGUGUUCACGACAACCGACCUUCAUUGUUGAGGCGUAGGUCGCAGUUGAUACUACAAAAUUUUAUAAAUCAACAUUUUUGAAUGAUACUGUUCCUGGCAUCUUAAUGAAAAUAAAAAGAAUAUUUGAUUGAAAAA